CAACAACUUCAACCCCAAAUGCCCCAACUUAGAUUCAGCGUUGUCCCACAGGGAAAAGGAUUCAGCGCCUUGUCCUUGCACUUGGAUAGGACGGAGGAGCUUGACGAGGCGGUGAGUGGGAAGGGCCAGGGCUACGUGCUGAACCACAAAGAGGCCACAUGCUGCGAGGGCAAAGCCCGGUCCUAUGAAAUUGGCGUCAGUGCUGCUGCUGGCAUCGCCAUCGGCACAUCGGCCGUUGGAUUUGAAGGUUACAAUAAAUGGUCUGGAGAUGGAAAACAUUGUGAGUUCAAGUAUGGGCAACUUCAAGAAGUGUGCGGUGGCCUUGCACUUGGACUUGGUAUCGACAUGACCGUCGCCAACGGCUGGUGGAAGGACGCGGACAGUACCAAAGGUCAGAGUUCCUUUGCUGGUGCGACGCUCUGUUUCGGCAUUUGCUUUGGUGGCGAGUAUGUCGUGGAUACAUCUUUCAGCCAGAUUGGGUGGGUGAUUUCGUCAGGCCUGGGUUUUGGCGGUGACAUCAGCGCUGGCCACUGCAACGCUUGGACACUUUGGGAACAAAAAGCCUGGCAGUGGAAUUUGCAGGGCAAAUGCCCUGCAGGUGGAUGCUUUCCCUCUGAUGCACAGGUGACGACUCCCAGCGGGGUCAAGACCAUGCGAGAGCUCAAGGCAGGGGACCGUGUGCUUACAGCGGAUUCCAAGGGCAAGCUGAUCUUCGAUGAGGUGUACUUCUUCGGUCACGCAGAGGAGAAAUUGGCUCCCUAUGUGAAACUGCAGCUCCAAAGGCUCCAAAGCUCCAGCGCAGCGCCUGAGUCUCUUGAGCUCUCCCCAGAUCAUUACGUCCACGUUUGUCUGGAGUCUGGCACCUGUGAGCUGACCAAGGCCAAGACAAUGUAUGCUUCGGACGUGACAGUGGGCAACCAUGUUUGGCUAUGCACACUUGAUGUCGGAUCAUGUGAAUUGGGUGAGGUCAUUUCCACAAGUAUGGUGCCACGCAUGGGUCUCUACAACCCUUUCACUCUUUCCGGCAACAUUGUGGUGAAUGGUGUUCUGGCCAGUGCGCACAGUAGCUGGUUCCUGGAUGGACUUUUCAGUGCGAAACUCCGCGGUUUCUUGCCCAGCAUCUACCAAACAAUCCUUCUCCCUGGCCGCUGUUUGUAUGGCAUUUUCGGAUCCCGUGCCGCAGAUUGGCUGGGUGUGAACAACCCACAGUGGGCACAAGGUGCCUCACAAUGGCCUGCAGUUCUUGCUGUUUUUGGGCCUAUUCCGAUCCUGCUUUGCGCCGGCUUGUUGGCCCUUCGGCGAUCUCAUUCAAAGUUGGGCUAGCGAUCUCCUGUCCAUAUUUUUUCCACACCCAGUAUAUACGCGAGAAAAA